GAAUUUUAUCAAUAAACAUAACAGCAAGCAAACAGUGGAAUAUUGGAGCUACAGACUACAGACAUUCUGGGGAAGCACACGACCUUGAUUUAUUACACACACUGCAGUGAACUAAUGUGUUGUUUUCAUUCCAUACUGCUCAAGCAUUCUUGCCUGAGUUUUAUAGGCUUUUUUCUGGAGUAUAGAUGUAAUGUUGAAUGAUACAUGUUUUGUUCUAGUAGGUCAAGUGAUGUAUUGAAUUAAUACGAGAUAUCCUUCAACGAUAUUGCAUUUACAUUAUGUCUGGGAUGGUUUAGUAAUAUCCUCAGAUGUGAGGAGUACGGCGAGUUAGAAUGUAAUGACGUAACGAUUGGGAGAUAUAUCCAGUGAAUGUGGUUUUGUUUGUUGGACAGUUUGUUUUGAGACAUAUUUCUAGAAAUCUAAAACUGUAUCGAAAAUAUAAGAAGGUCACCAAUUCAAGAAAUGGCGUCAGUGAAAGAGGGGUAAAUUAUUCUGCGGAGGGCAACCACGGGUUGAAAAACGAGCGAUGGAAGCCGAAGUGGAGCUAAGGUCAAAACACACAAAUGAAUGUCAACAAAGACCCAGAGAUGUGAAAUCGAUAAUCGAUGAAAGAAACCUGUUGCACACAAACCGGAUUUCCGGUGACAAUCGUGGACCAGCGCGUUAUUCAACUGUUGAAGAGAUUGAAGAACCUGAAGAGUUCGGGAAGUGUGCAGAAUGCGUUAAAGCUGUGCCCAUUUUCGAAUAUGAUGAUAUUGAUGUUGGAGAUCAUAUUACAAUUUCAGGAACAGUGUAUGAUCACCACGCAAUUGUGACACAAAAGCUUGGUACAAACCAGAUCAAUAUCAUUGAAGCAACGAAUACACCUGCAGGGGCAAGUUCUGGGUCUUUUUUCGGGGGGAAAGCUUUUAUCGAGGAAACUGAGAAGACGCUAGAUUUCGCAAACGAUAGAAUUAAUGUUGUUGUUUAUCAAAAUCGCAAGUUUACAAAGACAGAGGUAGCAGAACGGGCAAGAGAAUAUUAUCAAAAUCAAAAACAAACACGCAAUUUCAGCUACAAUGUUUUUCGAAAUAACUGUGAACAUUUUGCGACGUAUUGCGUUACCGACAAGCCAUUCAGCAUACAAGUAGUGAAAGUUCGGAUGGUGCUGAAACUUUUUCUAAGCAGUGGUUUUCGUGGAAUAAGCGAUGAAAGAAUGUGCAAUGCCAAACUGUUCGAAAACCACUUCAUAUGUAGUAGUUGUAAUGAGAUGAACAAAGGUCUCCUGAGCGUGAGCGUCAAACCAAUAUUGUCAGCAGAUGACGUAAAAAUUGGUGACGUCAUCAGAUAUACGUAUUACCUUUUACACCACGAGGCAGUCGUUUUGAAAAUGAAGGGCGUUGAUAGAUCAUCAGUCAAAGUCAGCAUUGCGCAUUACGCUUUUCGCGGAUUUCUUACGUACAGAAAGAUAAUUGAAGAAGCGAUAACCAUACGGUUCGACGGCAGUUGCAGUGUACUGCAAUACCAGCCACCGCGAUACGAGGUGUUUUCCCCGGAAGAAGUUGUUGAGAGGGCUAAAUCCCGUAUUGGCGAACAGCGUUUUGUCUUCCUUUCUAAUGAUUCAAGUCAUUUCUCGCGCUGGUGUAAGCUGCCACGAAAACGGAGUCAAUCAAGAGCACAAUUAACCGAUAUUCUGGAGUGAUCACUCGAUCAUUAAUUUCGAUCACACUUGUAAGGAUAAGAUACGUUCGGAUAUAUGUAUAAAAUAAUGUGCUGUAAAUUGAAUGUCAUAAUGAGUGCUAUAUAAACUGGCCAUUACUAAGAAUUAAAUGUGUACUGGCACAUGUUUUGUUUUAGUGUUGGACUUUGAUGAACGACAGCAGUAUAUCAAAUUUUACGUACAUUAUUAUGUAUACUAUGAAGUUCUUAAAAGGAGAUAUAGUCGAACCCCGUUGGCUCGAACUACCUCGCGCCUCGAGGAAUCCGAACCAAGCAGGAAUGCUUUCCUUCUGUAUUUAGAAAUCGGUCCUUGACAUAUAGUUCGAGCCAACAAGAAAAUCGAGCCAAACGAGUUCGAGCCAACGAGGUUCGACUCAUGUUAUUUCUGCUUCUUUGCAUUUAAACAAGAUAAGGUACAUGCAUUCAAACGACAGGAACAAUGAUUAAAAACAAUUAUCGCGAUUUAAAAUUUAGUAGAUAUUGCCUGUUUUAGCACUACGGGACACGAUGUGACUCCAAGCAGGAACUUAAUAUAAUUUGCUUUUACAUUCUAAAUAUAUUGUGUUUAAGCUGUUGUCUGUGUUACAAACAGUGUAUGACCUCUAUAUAUAAAUGACUGGUCAUCACCCUUUCAUUCUUCCAUACAGAAUUAUUGGCUCUCGAAAUGAAGAAAAAUACUCACCAGCUCCACCCCGCUGAAGAUAAGUGUUAUGUAAUGUAUUGUAUUGUACAUAUGUUUGUAGUAGCACCCUGGUCAUUAUUCUAUGGGGGAUGGGGUCAUUAUUAAAUUGUUUCACCGGCGCAACUUAGGCUUUCUGGUGUGGUUUAAUUUGCUAUCAUUAUAUAGACAUCAGGUUCAAUGAUGGUAAUAGAAUAUAUGUAGGCAAGCCAAGCCCGAUGCAAAAUACUGACAUGUUUAUACCCAGUUACUAGUGGAAUUUAAAUGAUUGCUGAAUUAAAAUCAAUCAAUGCUUUCUUUUGUCUGAAAUAUCACAGUAAGCUCAAAAUAGAGCCAUUUAAAGUUAUGUUCCAAUUAAAUGCUCGUUUACCCACGUAUUGUGUUACUUGAAAAGGUUUUGGUUAAUGGUUCAGAAUUUGUUAUCUGAAUAAAGUCUUUGAAAUUUG